AUGGGUCGCCUUCACUCUAAGGGAAAGGGCAUUUCGUCCUCCGCUCUCCCCUACUCUCGCACUCCCCCGAGCUGGUUCAAGGCUUCCACCGAGCAGGUUGUUGAGCAGAUCUGCAAGCUCGCCAAGAAGGGUGCUACCCCCUCCCAGAUCGGUGUUGUCCUCCGUGACAGCCACGGUGUUGCCCAGGUCAAGACUGUCACUGGUAACAAGAUCCUCCGUAUCUUGAAGUCCAACGGCCUUGCCCCCGAGCUCCCCGAGGACCUGUACCACCUCAUCAAGAAGGCCGUCGCCGUCCGCAAGCACCUUGAGCGUAACCGCAAGGACAAGGACAGCAAGUUCCGCCUGAUUCUCAUCGAGUCUCGUAUCCACCGUCUGUCUCGUUACUACAAGUCCGUCGGUGUCCUCCCCCCCACCUGGCGUUACGAGUCCGCCACUGCUUCCACCCUCGUUGCUUAA